UUUGUUGAAAUAGAGGUUCCUGACAAAGUCAAAAAGCCUUGAUGCAAAUAAACAAAUUUAUGUGGUUCUUUUAUGCAUUUAAAACCUAAAACGGGUCGGUGCCGACCCUUACACAAGAGGAAGGUUAAACUGAUGGAACCAGUUCUGGAGGAAGUAUUCACAUCAUGUACUGAGGUAGAGUUCCAGGUACUGCAGUACGUAAACACGUCCAUACCUUUUUACUAUGAUACAUCACAAAGGUACUCGUUACCUCAGAGGUACAUAUUGUACUUGUUACUGUACUACUGCUAAUAUAAAACUGACUUAUUGAAGGGACUGUUGUGUUCAAGCUCCUGCAAAUUCACAUUUAUUUAGCCUGAUAUUAAUUGCUUAGACUUGUUAAAUAUUCCCACUCUGUACUGAUAUUACUGUUACACUACACUUAUUUAGCUUCAUAUUUAUUGCUUAUACUGUUAAUGUUUCCACUCUGUUUCUGAUAUAAGACAUUUUUCUAGCUUCUUAUUCAUUUCUGAGACUGUUAAAUAAGUGACACACAGUUGUCUCCAGGAGAAAUGCUGAGGCCGUUGGUGAAGCAGCACGUCGACGAGGCGUUUGGGCUGUUGGACACGUUGACAGCAGCGUAUGAGGACAUCGUUUCUCGUUUAGGAGAACAUGAGCUACACACAUCAGACGUCCAGCGGCAGUUGGUGAUGAAACAAGAGGUUCCCCCUGAACAGCAGGACUGGAGCUCCAGUCUGGACCAGGAAGACCCAGAGCCUCCACACAUUAAAGAGGAACAGGAGGACCAGGAGGACCCAGAGCCUCCACACAUUAAAGAGGAGCAGGAGGACCCAGAGCCUCCACACAUUAAAGAGGAGCAGGAGGACCCAGAGCCUCCACACAUUAAAGAGGAGCAGGAUGGACUCAGGAUCAGUCAGGAGGGAGAGCAGCUUCAAAAGCUGGAGGAGGCUGGAAUCAAGUUCUCAUUCACCCCUGUAAAGAGUCAAUAUGAUGAUGAGGAAGCUCAGCUCUCAAAGUCAAUAAAAACCGACAAAAGAGAGGCAGAACAUUUGAAAACAGAAGCAGACGGAGAGGAAGUCAGAUCCACAUCAGAUCCAGAUAGUCCUUUACAACCAACUGCUGAUGAGACGUCACAAUCCUCUGAAUGUGAGACUGAUAACAGUGUCGAUUGGAAGGAGACUCGGGAACCUCAGUCACGUUUAAAGCCUUUGGAAAACAAUGAAGUCCCUGUAGGUGACAUGGACUGUGGGACUGGAAACGCAUCAAUUAGCUCUUCUCAAUAUGCUGGAAGCUUUGGCCAAAAGAGACAUCCGAAGAGACACUCUGGAGCCACAACAGGAGUGACCAGUUGUUCAGUUUGUGGUAAAACAUUCAGCCGAGCAGGCAAUCUGAAACUACACUCAACUGUUCAUACAGGAGAGAAACUAUUAAGUUGUUCAGUUUGUGGUAAAACAUUCAGCCGAGCACGCUAUCUGAAACGACACUCAACUGUUCAUACAGGAGAGAAACUAUUAAGUUGUUCAGUUUGUGGUAAAACAUUCAGCCGAGCAUGCCAUCUAAAACGACACUCAACUGUUCAUACAGGAGAGAAACUAUUCAGUUGUUCAGUUUGUGGUAAAACAUUCAGCCGAGCAUGCCAUCUAAAACGACACUCAACUGUUCAUACAGGAGAGAAACUGAUCAGUUGUUCAGUUUGUGGUAAAACAUUCAGCCAAGCAGGCAGUCUAAAACGACACUCCAUCUGCUCGUGCAGUCAAGCUGUUGAGUGAGUGAUCAGCUGGCCGCUCUGCUGUGAUGCACGCACACAUCCGCGCACACGGGUGAGCACACUCCUCGCUAGCACCCCCCCCCCCCCUUAACAACUCUUCUCGGCUCGCGCGCGCCAGAGCUCCGAUGCCGGCGCGCGCCUCGCUCAGCCGUGAUGCCGCACACAGGUGAGCACCCCUCAGUGUUAAAUUAAGCUUUGGGCACCUGUUAGGUUUUGGAUCAUGUGUUUUCAAUUUGUAUUAAAGAAUGUAAGCCCUAUGAAUUAUUGUUUACUCCACAGGGUUGUAAUUAUUAGAAGAAGAUUAAUAAUUACAAUCAUAUUAUUGCUGUGUUUAUUCUGUACCGGUCACACUGAGAGCAAAAGGUUCCAGGGUUACAUCUGGUUAAUAAGCAGACACAGGAACACUGUUUUGUUUCAGGUCUCCCCACAUAACUCACCCUACCCACACCACACAGGACUCAAGGUCAUGAAGCAUCACUGAUAAGAGACCUCAUCCUGUUUUGUGUAACCACUUGUUUCAAUAAAAGGACUGUCGGGGGAGAACUGAGCCAGAGUGUUUUGGAGACGUGUGAAGGCACAGCUCAACUCUCUCCUUGCAGCAAGUAAAACUA